CUAGUAGUCAGUAUACUGUUGUGUGUAGUUCAGGAAAAAUGGUGGCUUCUGGGGUAAGUUUAGGAAAAAUGGUGGCUUCUGGGGUAAGUUUAGGACUUGUCGGUGUUCUUCUUGCUGUCACUUUUGUGAGUAGCUCACCUGCAGCUCCACCAGGUGUGAAGGUGCCGUUUCAUGAUCCUCAAGUUCUUCCAAAGCCAACUUUGCAGCCACAGAUGCCUGGCUUUGUUCAGCAAUGUCAAGUGAAGGACUACGAAAGGGUUCCUUGUGGAGAACCUGGAGUACAGGCUGCUCGGUGUAACUCCUUGAACUGCUGUUUUGAUGGCCAGCAAUGCUACUAUGGGAAAACUGUGACUGUCCAGUGUACCCUUGAUGGCCAGUUUGUGUUGGUGGUGGCUAGAGAUACAACCCUUCCCAGGAUAAGCCUCAGUUCCAUCAGCAUGCUGGGAGGAAACGCUGGACCCUGUAGUCCUGUUGACUCCAAUGCAGUUUUUGCUGUCUACCAGUUUCCUGUCACUGCUUGUGGGACCAUCAUGAUGGUUCAAGCUGGAUAUGUGAUCUAUGAAAACAUGAUGUUCUCAUCCUAUGAAGUUGGAGUUGGACCCCGUGGUGUCAUCACAAGAGACACGACUUAUGAGCUUUACUUCCAGUGUAGAUAUUCAGGUGUUGGCUUUGCGGCGUUGACUUUUGAACCUUCGGCUAAUGCUGACCCCAUGCCUCUUGUUGCUUCUGGACCACUUCAAGUAGAACUAAGACUAGGAAAAAGCCACUGUGCAGUAAAGGGCUGUGCAGAAGAACAAGUGGCCUAUAACUCGUACUACAGUGUUGCUGACUAUCCUGUGACCAAGAUUCUGAGGGAACCUGUUUACGUUGAAGUGCACAUCUUUGGGAGAACGGAUCCAAAUAUUGUCCUGGUUCUGAACAGCUGUUGGGCCACUGCUUCCCCGAACCCCUACAGCUCUCGUCAGUGGGACCUUCUGGUGAAUGGGUGCCCCUACACGGAUGACCGUUAUUUGACCAAGCUGGUACCAGUUAAUGAAACGUCUGGACUUGCCUACCCUACCCAUUACAGGCGCUUUGUUUUUAAGAUGUUCACAUUUGUGGAUGAGACCGCUAAGGCUCCACUGCAUGAGACGAUCUACAUCCAUUGCAGUACAGCUGUCUGCCUUCCAAGUGCACAGGACUCUUGUGAACCACAGUGCUCCAGAAGAAGAAGAGAAGCUGCAGCAGAAGGCUCUUCUCACACAUCAGUAGUGUCUAGUGGUGAAGUGAUCUUUACCAGAGUAAGAUGAAUCUGUUAAAUAAAGAUGUUUUGCUUUAA